AGUGAGCCAAGGCCUGGAUUUUGCUCUGGAAGUCUGCCCUGCCCGCUUCUGUAAUCUGGCGCUAUGCAUCCAGAUCCUGGAGCCUUACAGACACUGCUCUAUGCUACUCUUUCGAUUCUGUGCUCUUCUGUGAGUUCAGACUUGGCCCCUUAUUUUAUUUCUGAGCCACUGUCUGCCGUCCAGAAACUUGGUGGUCCUGUCGAUCUACAUUGCUCUGCUAAACCUGUGACCACUCAUAUCACAUGGUUACAUAAUGGAAAGCGAUUGGAUAGAAACUUGGAACAGAUUAAGAUUCAUCAGGGGACUUUGACUAUUCUUUCUCUUAACCCCUCGCUGUCGGGCCACUAUCAGUGCAUUGCCAACAACAGCGUCGGCGCAGUGGUGAGUAGCCCUGCGACGAUAUCCACUGCAGUUCUUGGUGAUUUCGAUUCAUCAACAAAGCAUGUUAUUACAGCAGAAGAAAAAAGUACUGGUUUCAUUGGCUGCAAGGUACCACAUAGUAACCCCAAAGCUGAGGUGCGCUAUAAAAUCCGAGGAAAGUGGCUGAGACAUUCCACAGAGAAUUAUUUAAUCCUUCCAUCAGGAAAUCUUCAGAUUUUGAAUGUAUCCUUAGAGGACAAGGGAUCAUAUAAAUGCGCAGCCUUUAAUCCUGUCACACGUGAAUUAAAAGUUGAACCCAUUGGCCGAAAGCUCCUUGUGAGUCGCCCUUCUUCAGAUGACUUGCACAUCCUUCACCCCACCCUUUCCCAGGCAUUAGCUGUUCUUUCUCAGAGCCCUGUAACCCUGGAGUGUGUGGUGAGUGGGGUCCCAGCUUCUCAAGUGCAUUGGCUGAAGGAUGGUCACGAUGCUCUGGUGGGAAGCAAUUGGCGGAGAUUGUAUUCUCAUCUUGCCACAGAUAGUAUUGACCCAGUGGACUCUGGAAACUAUUCUUGUGUGGUGGGAAGCAAGUCUGGAGACAUAAAACAUGUGACUUACAUGGUUAAUGUACUUGAACAUGCCUCCAUUUCUAAAGGACUGCAGGAUCAGACAGUGUCUCUGGGCGCCACAGUUCAAUUUACUUGUGAGGUUCGUGGGAACCCAUCCCCCAACUGUACCUGGUUUCACAAUGCACAGCCUAUUCAUCCUUCCCCACGACAUCUAACUGGAGGAAAUGGAUUGAAAAUCAGUGGUGUUACCAUGGAAGACUCUGGGCUGUAUCAGUGUGUAGCGGAUAAUGGGAUUGGAUUUAUGCAGUCUACUGGGAGACUUGAAAUUGAAAAAAACAGUGGACUCAAGCCAGUGAUAAUUACAGAGCCAGCGAGUACAGAGGUGGUAGAUGGAAACUUUGUUACUUUGUCCUGCAAUGCCACUGGAGUGCCGGUUCCAGUCAUUCGUUGGUAUGACAGGCAUGGAUUGAUAACUAGCCAUCCGUCUCAAGUCCUUAGAUCUAAAUCCCGAAAAUCACACUUACUAAGACCUGGGGGCUUUGACAUGGAGCCUGUCCACUUGGUUGUGUCCCGUGCUGGCUCAAGCUCCCUGCACAUCCAGGCUGUCACUCAGGAACAUGCUGGGAAGUACACCUGCGAAGCUACAAACGAACAUGGCACCACAAAGUCGGAAGCAGUCCUCACAGUUGUUCCUUUUGAGACAAAUACAAAAGCAGGAAUAGUGACACCUUCCGAUGCCACUCUGAGCGAUAAAAGAGAUGGUUCAGAAACUGGAUUAUUGAGCUCAUUUCCAGUGAAGGAUCAUUCCAGUGCAGUGGAACCACCAUCAGAGAAAACUGCUAUUGGUGCCUCUGUCCCUGAUGCCCCCAUCAUUCUGAGCCCUCCACAGACCCACACACCAGAUACAUACAACCUGGUCUGGAGGGCAGGGAAGGAUGGCGGGCUCCCAAUCAAUGCCUAUUUUGUGAAGUAUCGGAAGUUAGACGAUGGUGUUGGUGUGGUGGGAAGCUGGCACACAGUUCGAGUCCCAGGAAGUGAAAAUGAGCUCCAUUUAACAGAACUAGAGCCAUCUAGCCUCUAUGAAGUCUUGAUGGUAGCAAGGAAUACAGCAGGUGAAGGACAACCUGCCAUGCUUACCUUCCGAACUAGCAAAGAGAAAACAACGUCAUCGAAAAACACCCAGGCGUCCUCCCCACCCGUGGGCGUUCCUAAGCGCCCCGUUGUUUCAGAGGCUGCAGACCACUUCGGAGUGGUGCUGACAGACUCUUCUAGGCACAGUGGAGUUCCAGAGGCCCCUGAUCGGCCGACCAUCUCCACUGCAUCAGAGACAUCCGUCUACGUCACUUGGAUCCCUCGGGCCAAUGGGGGUUCUCCAAUCACUGCUUUCAAGGUUGAAUAUAAACGGAUGAGGACUAGUGAUUGGCUUGUUGCAGCAGAAGAUAUUCCUCCUUCCAAACUCUCUGUAGAAGUUCGUAGUUUAGAGCCAGGUAGUUCAACAUACAAAUUUAGGGUCAUUGCUAUCAACCAUUAUGGUGAGAGUUUUCGGAGUUCGGCAUCUCGUCCUUAUCAGGUGGCUGGGUUCCCCAAUCAUUUUUCUAACCGUCCAAUAACCGGACCUCACAUUGCGUACACAGAAGCUGUCAGCGAUACUCAGAUCAUGCUAAAGUGGACGUACAUUCCAUCAAGUAACAAUAACACUCCCAUUCAAGGAUUUUAUAUUUAUUACCGGCCAACAGAUAGUGACAAUGACAGUGAUUACAAGAGAGAUAUUGUAGAAGGUUCGAAGCAGUGGCACAUGAUUGGGCAUCUGCAGCCAGAAACCUCUUAUGAUAUUAAAAUGCAGUGCUUCAACGAAGGAGGAGAAAGCGAGUUUAGUAAUGUGAUGAUCUGUGAAACUAAAGUAAAACGUGUUCCUGGAGCUUCUGAGUAUCCUGUCAAAGACUUGAGUACCCCUCCAAAUUCUUCGGGAGGUGGUGGAAAUGUUGGGCCUGCAGCCAGCCCUGCCAGAAGCAGUGAUAUGUUGUACCUGAUAGUUGGCUGUGUGCUGGGUGUGAUGGUUCUCAUUCUCAUGGUUUUCAUUGCCAUGUGCCUGUGGAAAAACCGGCAGCAGAAUACUAUACAGAAAUAUGACCCACCAGGAUACCUCUACCAAGGUUCAGAUAUUAAUGGGCAGAUGGUGGAAUACACCACUCUGCCUGGAACAAAUCGGAUAAAUGGAAAUGUUCAUGGAAGCUUCAUAAGCAAUGGAGGUCUCAGCAAUGGCUGCUCCCAUCAUCACCAUAAGGUCCCUAAUGGCGUCAGUGGAAUCAUGAAUGGGAGCUUAAAUGGAGGGCUUUACUCUGGGCACACAAGCUCUCUAACCAGGACACAUGUGGAUUUUGAACAUCCUCAUCAUCUAGUGAAUGGUGGUGGGAUGUACACAGCGGUACCUCAGACCGACCCAAUGGAGUGCGUUACCUGUCGAAAUUGUCGGAACAACAAUAGGUGUUUCACCAAAACGAAUGGCACUUUCAGCAGUACCCCACUUCCUGUGGUUCCAGUGAUAGCACCUUAUCCUCAGGAUGGUUUGGAAAUGAAGACCCUCAGUCACCUGAAGAUGUCUAUGUGUCUGGCUUCCACAGCCCCCAGCUGUGGCCAGUCACCUGAGGAGAGCAUCAAGGAUGAUGUGGCACUAAGACCUGCUCAGCAUACUUGCUGUCAGGAUCAUAGGAACGAGAGCAACUCUGAUUCCACAGAAGAUGCAGCGGAGUUCAACAGAGAAGACAGCUGUGUCCAUUCCGAAACAGAGAACAAAAAUUUAAGUUGGAAUCCUCUUAUUUUGCCAUCUGUUUCAGAGGACUGUACUGAAAAGACAAUAUGGUCUCCUCCUGGCAUUCCUUUAGACAGCCCUUCAGGAGUCCUUCAACAACCCCAGGAAACCUGAGAAUGUGCAUGUGACAAGAAACCUGAGAAUGUGCAUGUGACCAGCCACGUUCCCAGUUCAAGCCAGUAACUGUACGAAACAGGCUUGGGGAUAGACUGAAAGAUGUUAAUUCAAAUCAGAGAAUAUCUUUAUUUAUUUUUGUAGUAGUAAUGUCAUGUGAAUGUAUCUUACAAUGUGUGCCCUUUUAUAUUAUUUAUGCCUUAAAUUUUUCUCUCCCUUUUCCUUCCUCCCGCCUAGGUAGGAAACCUAGUUUUACAUAGUUUUCAAUCAUCUGAGAGAAGUGGAGUCAUUCCACGUUUUCCAAGAAUCUCAGUGACAAUAAGAGCUCCUCCUGCAAGGACCCAGCCUGUUGGCUGAUCCAGCUAAGAGGGAAUUGCUCGGGCCGUUUGAAGUUUUCAGUUGGAAAGCUGUCUUUCAAUGUCGUGUUAUCAGACUUUCUGAGAACAUUUUGGAAUCAACCACAGUUGUACCCUGCUGUUCAUAAUAGCAGAUCUCUUAUGAAUUUCAUUAGUGCCUUCCACAAAAGUGAUAGCUGACCUGUUGACUAUCUGCAUGUGGGCACAAGUUAUUUUCAGUUUUCUAGGCACUAAUCAUGCACAGUGUCAUGAAUAUGGUUAAGGUUAAGGUCUAGUUGGGUUACUGCAGCCUGCAGAAAGGGAACCAAGGCCAGAGAGAAGAAUGCCUUCACGUCCUACUGCUUUACAAUCGCAUUUCUUUGUGAAAUGGUCACCAUGGGCCUCUUUGGGACUGUUUCUAAGAGAUAGGAACAAAAUACAACUUUGAAGGGGUACUUGAAGAGAAAGAUUCACAUUUUAAGAAGAAAGGGGAGGGUUUCAAGGGAACCCAUCUUGGCAGAAGCUCUCCCAUUUCUAUAGGAUUGUGGUCGUGGUGCCACGGCACCCAAAAAUUGUCAUUUUCUAACUUCCAACAUGGGCAAUACCUGGAAAACGUGUUGGACAAGACUUAAUUUGGAGGGAAAGGGGGAUAUGGUUUGAAAUUUCCUGACUUUUUUUCGGAAUGUCGUCAUUGUAAACAGGCAGAGCUCAUAAAUCACAGUUACUGCUGCCUCCGAGUGACAGGGUAUUUGCAGCUGCCGUUAGAAGGCUUUUCUUCUCUACAUCUAAAAAAACAAAAACAAACCUUCAAAACACCAUAAGUAUGUUUAAUAGCUUGAGUCCAACUGCAGUGGGUCACCGCCCCUUUUGGGAUCGUGCGUCCCUUUUGGGGAAGAAAGUGAAAACGCUUCUCUGGAAGCCCAGUAGUUCCAGCGUAAAUGAAAAAAUUUUACCGUUUCCUAGAAAUUGCCGUGAAAUAGACUAGAAUACUAUGUUAAUCAAUUUUCUAUAUAAGUGCGUCAGUAUUCCCUUGCAUAUGUCUAUAUAUUUUAUACAUAGAACUGUUAGUGAAAUGUGCUGUUGAAGCUGAGUCACUAUGCCAGAAUUCCUUCAAGUAGAAUGUAGUGGAUAUAAUUUCGGGUCAAGUGUUAGGGAUGCUAUAGAAUCAAGUUCUCCAUUCCAGGUGUCCGUGCCUGUACUAUACUGGAUUUAUUCUUCAUGUUACAUAGAUGCAAUUAGCUUUUGAGGGGGAUAGCUUUAUCCCUGACUUCUGUGACUAGCAAAGGACUAAGUCCCAGUACACAGAAUAUGAAAAUGUACCCUGUGUUGGCCAAUCAAGUUACAGCAAUGCUGUCACAAAGCGAGUUUUAGAAAACUGGGGAAUAAAUGUUCAUAGGCAGUCAUUUUGAUUCAGGAAACAGGUAUAUUAGCAUGAGCCUUAGGUCAUAAACUGCUUUUAAAGAUGGAGUUUCAAUAUGAGAUUUGUCCACCGGGAAGAGAACACGACUUUACCUUUAGGGCAAUCUCAUUGUGGACUGCUUUAUUUAUAUUAUUAGUAACGCUGUUUUAAGUGUUAUCCCUUUUAUUGUAUUUUAUUUAUAAAAAAUGCCUUUAUAUAUUGAGAUAUAUAAAUAUAAAUAUAACUAUAUAUAACUGUCUUUAUGUUUAGGAGUUAUGAGUUCUCCCUAGCCAUGAGGCGUUCUGAAGUUUCCUGCCCUGCACAGUCACCAAAACCAGUCCUGCCUAAUGUCACUUCACCAGGAGGUCUGGGGACACAGUAUAUUUCAUUGCAGGAGAUAUCACUCACAUUUGUGGAGUAACUGUUGUGUACCAGGCACUGUGUUUGGAGCUUGUUACUGCUAUCUCAUUAACCCACACAGCAAACCCACAAAGUAGGUGUUGACGUCCCCAAGUCUCACAGUGAGCUGCAGAGCCUGAAUUUGAACUCAGUUGAUGUGGAGCUGUAAUCCGAGCUCCUUCCAUUUUUCCAUGCUGCUUUCCAAAAACAUUGUGGUUCACUCUUUUAAUGGAACCGGUCCAGUUCUGCAUGCUCCAGUCCGCCCCUGCUGCUAGAUUCCUCUGCCACUCUUAACUCUACAACUAGAGAAGCUGCCCUCAGUCCCGUGUGGCAGAGCCCUGUGCUUAUUCCUUAGUCUUCUUGGAGUCCACGUUUCUCUCUGUGAACCCCUCACCACCCCCUGCCCCCCAGAAUCUGAUCUUAACUCAGUUUAGUGAUACUGUAGUUGGUCAGGCCUCUUUAUAUUCCUUUUCAUAUUCCUUAGAAUGCUCCAUGAUUCUUUGUUUUAGCAUUAAACUUCCCCACUUCUGUUCUAUCACUUCGCUAUCUCCUUUUUUUUCUUCUUUCGGUUAUGCACUGGUAGUCUGGUGACAGGUGAUGGUCUGGUGGUGUACAGGAUUUAACAUUGUAAGUUAAAUUGCAGUGCUUUAAACCUUUCGAAGUGGUCUUUUAAAAAGCAUUUCUUCCUUGGUUUUGUUUUUGUCAAAUGAGUCCGCGAAGACCAGUACAUCCAUAUUAAGCCGAUCGUGUCACAAAUCUCAUUUCAGCUACAGUACUGCCAAGAAGUUAACUUUACAAUUGAAUUUCACCUGUGUUGCUCUCUUUUCAAGCAAUGACUUUGAGAUGCAUGUUUUGUAUUAUAUUGAAAAGUAUGUUUUAUUUGCCUGAAAGUUGUAAUAAUAGUAUGUUUGAAACUGUACAUAUUUUAAAUGAUGUAGCUUUGCCAGGUUUUCUUUGGUUGAUACGAUUUUGUAUUAAAAGAGAAUGCUGCUUCCAUGUAGAGUGGCAGUGAAGAUGGGGUGCCCAGAUGCUCCCUGUUUGUAUAAAGCUGCUUAUAGCUUGUGACUAGGGUGGGUAUGUGUCUUAUGUCUUACUCUGAAAUGUUUUGGAACCUCCACCCUGCCCUUCCCUGAAUCCUCACCCCCACCUCCCGUGCAUAUCCAAGAGCCAAAUGAGUCAAUUCCUUCUGUUCUGACUCCAGAGAUCCAGACCCUGGUGGAACAGGAUCUAGGACAAGUGUUUUAUGGGAAGGCCAGGGAAAUACCUGAGCCACAGAGCUGCGUUGAAGCAGGCAGAUCCCCUUAGGGGAGCUCAGCAUUUCAUUGGAAGGAAGCGAGGAGCAUGAGGAGAAAGGGGACGAGUGGUCCCUCCUUGCACAUCAUCUGUUUUUUACCAUCAACCUAGAGCAGCAUCUGUAUGAGCUCCAGAGUAGAAUUUAGCCUCUUCAGGAAGCAGCUUUGUUUCACUGCCCUAAAAGAUCAAAGCAGCUGGACGACUUUGACCAGAAAGCCACUGGGGUCUUUUGAUUGGGUGGGGCCUUGUUAUAUUUUAUUCCUCAUAUUUAAAUAAGACUUCCUCAAGCCUUAGCCCCAGUCCUGAGGGCUCUGAGGGAACUCGAAACUCCUUUUCUAAUAAAGUCUAAUC